AUUAAGUGGCCGCUCAUUGCCCAGUGUCUCUGUCUGGUGGCGUCCAGUGGGAGCUGAGGCCAGGUGAGGUGUCCAGACUCAUCGUCCGCUCUCUCAAUCUGGACUCUCCAUCCCAAAUCUUCGUCGCCUGUCCGACUACGACGCCUCGGUUUGCACGACACCGCCCGGCCCGAGCCGCAUCUCCUGGUCCGGCAUCCUUGAUGUGACUUCGGCAUCCGCUGUUCAAUCCGCUCGUUUGACGCCUGUACGUUUAUACUUUCUUGGGAGCGAUUGUUCUGCGUGCGAGCCCACCCACCACCGAUUGGCAAACCGACCCCCUCCGACGCGGUUGCGGCCCCAAAAUUGCCCCUGGAUAUCGCGAUCGACGAGACAUCCCAGGAAUCUCGGGGCAUCCAGCCAGCGCCCGACCGCAAUCGACACUUCCUCAUACCACGACAUCGCCGGGUGGUGACGAGCGUCCCGCCCUCGAAUCGCCCGCCAUGCUCCUCCCCAAAGGCGGCCUGAACUGGAAAGCAGCCAGAGCCCAGCUCCCGCCCGCGCGGAUGCUAUGGAAUCUGGUGACACGCACAAGAUUCCUCCUGCUAGUCGCCCUCACCGGCAUUGUAUUAUUGCUAUGGCGCGGCAUCAGCAGCUCCGCCUCUGAGAUGCAAAGCUUCUACUGUUGGGGCCCAUCAACGCCACCGAUAGACAUGUCGCAAAACGAAUACGCGAGAUGGAAUGCGCACAUGCAGACUCCCGUCGUUUUCAACCACCACGCACCGCUCAAGGUCGACUCGGAAUCGAUCAAGCACGUCGACCUCAACCCCGUCAAGUCCACUCGCAAGGCCGUUGUAAAUGAGGAGAAGAUCCUCAUCGUGACACCCCUCAAGGACGCCGCCCCCUACCUGUCCAAGUACUUCGAGCUGCUCGCGGAGCUCACGUAUCCGCACCACCUGAUCGACCUCGCCUUUCUCGUCUCCGAUUCGAAGGACGAUACCCUUGCCGUGCUUUCUUCAGAGCUCGACCGAAUCCAAAAGCGACCCGAUCACAUUCCGUUUCGCAGUGCCAUGGUUGUUGAGAAGGAUUUUGACUUCCACCUGAGCCAAAGUGUUGAGGAAAGACACUCCUUCGAGGCCCAAGGCCCUCGACGGAAGGCCAUGGGCAAAGCCCGCAAUUAUCUCCUCUCCGCUGCCCUGAAGCCAGAGCACUCGUGGGUGUACUGGCGCGACGUGGAUAUUGUGGAUAGUCCUCCCAAGAUUCUCGAGGACUUUAUCGCCCACGACAAGGACAUACUCGUUCCCAGUAGGACAUCUACGCUGCGUUGCUCCGCGAUCACGUUGGCUAACACAGUUGCCCAGACAUCUGGUUUCACCGAUACAAGGAUGGAAUUGACAUUGAAGGGCGAUUCGACUACAACUCCUGGGUCGAGUCGGAUAAGGGUCGCAAACUAGCCGACAGCUUGGAUAAGAGUGUUGUGCUCGCCGAAGGAUACAAACAAUACGACACAGGCAGGACAUACAUGGCUCGGAUGGGCGAUUGGCGGAACAACAAGGAUGAAGAGCUCGAGCUUGAUGGCAUCGGUGGUGUCAACAUUCUCGUCAAGGCUGAUGUUCAUCGAUCGGGCAUCAACUUUCCUUGCUACGCCUUUGAGAACCAAGCCGAGACUGAGGGCUUUGCCAAGAUGGCGAAGCGGGCGGGCUACCAGGUUGUGGGCCUGCCGAACUACAUCGUGUGGCACAUUGACACUGAAGAGAAGGGCGGAAACCUAUAAGCCACGGCCACCUACUCCGACACACCGUACGAUUCACAUGUCUGAUAUUUUGCCGGACUGAUCCGAGAACCCCCCUCCACGGCUCAAGUGGUUGGCGGUUUAUUGUAUGAGCAUUGAUGAUUUUUACUUAAACGGAUGGUUCGGUCGCGGGGUCGCGCUCGAGCCUUCAGAGGGCUGGUGCCGAGUCUUGUUCGUUACAUGGCUGGUCACUGAGAAGCGUCACAGGCCGAGUCCCUCUUGGACGAGGCCGUUGCUUGCUUGCUAACCGUCCUGUUGAAGCGCACUGCGUCUGGGGUUGGCCAGAAAGAAACAACCACACCAGCUCUCGUCUGGCCGGCGCCAACCUUUACUCGUGGCUAUUUGCUGUUAUGGGGGCAUAGCCUUAGUCUACGUCUGCGGAGUCUUGAUCACUUACGGGGCAUUUAUGGAUACUUAUGGACGAGGGGCCGACACAGACGGCGGUAACAAUAAUAGACCAAAUUUCUGUAUGGCGACGCCACGGCCCGCGCUCAUGCAGGUGCAUGAUGUUUAAUAAGUGGACUGCGUCUUGCAUGAUGUGGACAUUAUAGCUGUCCUGGGCAAAUUCAGAG